AACGUGCGAUACGAAAAAAGCGAAUGAGGCCAACACAUCCAAAAAGUCCACGCAAUUGGACGAAGCAAAGGAUAACUCACAUGCAACAACAGUGCAGACGGAAAUGAAACCAAAAAGUAAGGAAACCCAGCAUGACAUCUGCAACAAGCAGGUACAAGAUUUGAUAGACAUCAGCGAAAGCAAAAACGAUUGGAAGCCGGGCAGCAUUUCUAUGGUAACUUUCGAAGAGAAAAAGAGCAUGUAUGACAGCGUUCUGAAGAAGCGACUCAACUGCGGGAGCAGGCUCGAGACCCUGAGUAAAGAAAUAGGAAAAAAGAACCCACGGACGACGCUGAGCCGCGAGACAACCAUGAAGUACGCGGAGUUGAAGACAGAGUACCUGAAGUUCUGCUACCAGGAGGCGGCGCUGCGCCACCAGAUCGCCAUCCUUCAGGCCGAGAUCUACAUGAUGCAGAAUAAAGGAUUCCAUAAACGACCGGCUACAAUCAAAACAAUCACCCUCGAUUCCAAAUCAACUAAUCUUCCGGUCAGACAGGAAAUGACGUCAGAGGUAUCACGUGACACGGAGUUUGAUCACGUGCCAUUGCUCCCGCGUUUGAAACCACCGAAACCAUUGCUUCUCCUUCCAAGUCCAAACAGUGAUAAAACGCCCGAAAAAACAAAACCGAAACGAGAGUCGAGACGUAUUGGGAGCUUGUCGAGUAGCGAGGCGGACGUCAUGCUACUGCUGCCCUCUCUCACCGGCACGCCCGCACUCAGGGGCAUCUGUUCCGUCUACAACCUGACUACCGAACUGGAGCCGCCACUAAAGAAAAGACAACCGGAUGUUCUUCUAAAACCUGCUACACCCGGCGUAAAAAUUGUACACAGGCUGCCGAAAAUGUGCAGAAUUCUUCAGUUGUAAAUUCUAAAAGGAAAUAAGUAAUCGUCGUUUGUAUUUUUGUAACUUACAAUAAAACAAUGAUAAUA